AUGAUCUGCCUGGUCGCGCUCUCCAUAUCCCUUGUCGGCGGCGGCCGCGCGUGGCAGAAGAGGUUAACGACGCCGUACUCGCGCGCGCCUGACUGCACCGCGCAGCUCGACGCGUCCAAGCUGGCCGCGAUCGAGGAGCUCGUUGCUCAGCGGCUUGCCGCAAAGCUUCGGCGAGAUUUCGCCGAGUCGGACGCGCUGCUGCAGCGGCUCCUCGACAGCGGCGUCCGCGUCACCGACGACCACCGGCUGUGGCGCUCGGACGAUCGGCCGUUCGUCGUGCCGUACCGUCAGGAGGGCGGCGGGAUCCCGCGCCUUGGCACGGGAGGGACGACGCGGAUCGAGGCGCUCGUGCUCGAGCGUGACCUAUUCACAGCAGCGGGUGUGAAGAGACGCUGUUCACAGCAGGCGCUCGUGCUCGAGCGUGGCGCCGCAAAGGCGUCCGGCGGGGCGCGGCCUCGCUUUGAACGGUCUGCACCGCCUUCGUAA